CUUUCGUUGGAAAGGCAACCGAUGUUUGUUCGAGUCUUCUGGGGCUCGAACAUUCUACUUUUACCGUUGGGGUUAUACAUUCACCGCUGAACUACCUCAAACUGGAUGUUGACAACCUGGUGGCUGGUUGUCCAAUCUUUUUUUGGAAGAUGUUCUCCUGCGGGACGUCGAGAUGUUCUGACCAUUGUUUAGAGGACCAG